AUGAAUGGUACACAGGAUUCCAGGAUCUCGCUCAGCAUGGACGAUGAUGUGUGGAAGGACUUGGAGAGCCUGGGUGACGAAUACAACUUCACUUACCCUUCAACACAGGACCAGUUGAUGAUAGGUAAUAACUCAGCAUUCGCGUAUCCUGACCCCACCCUCUACGCCAUUUCAGGUUCAGACAGCCUCGUCAACUCUUCUGGUUUCGACGCUAUCCCCCAUGCAGAUGAUUCGAAUAUUGACUUUCUGACUUCUUCUGCUCUCAACUAUGUUCAGCCGGAAAUGCCCGUGGAACUCGCUGAUCCUACUCAAUCUAGUUCGGUAGCUCUCAAGACUCCCGCUGUUCCUGCGACUACGGCUUCUAGGCUCAGCAGCCUCUCCAACCGUCGGUCUUCGACCUCUAGCCUCAGCGACAUCGUCGAGCUGGCCAGUCGUAAGUUCACUCAGGAGAAGCCCAAGUACGACCCGAAGCAUCCCUGGCACCGUAUCAAUACGACGACCAUGGGUAUGACCAGCCGUUCCGGUAAGAUCAAUCAGUAUGCUUCGGAGCAGAUGUACAAGCAGAACAUCAAGAAUCCCUUUGGAACAUGGCGUUCGCCCAACUACAAGUUCGAAUACUUCGAGCAUGGUGAGCUGAAGAAGCUGGAGUACAGUGCUAACGAGAUCAAUGAUUUCCUUCACCAUCAUCCGAAGUCUGCCGACAACAUUCUUCGCGUCUGGAUUCAGAAGACUCCUGCGGACUCUUGCCGUCGCUACCCGACCCCCACACUUUCCAAGUGCCGCUUCAAGGAGUGCCCUCUUCGUAGGGAAGGCCUCAACGGCACCAUCCAGGCCGGCCACAUGCGCGUCGCCUUCGAUGAGAGGUCUUCAAAGUACAACAAUAGGGCCGAUCCAUUCUACAUGGCCGCCUUCUUCCACCUGUACUGCUUCGAGAUGUUCCUUGAUCUUCCAGAGAUCUGCACUCUGAAGAACAUUGAGGUCCGCGAGGAUACGCGCAAGCUCCCGAACGAGCCCAACAUGAGCUGGAAUGGCUCGCUUGACAAGGAGGGUGUUGUUGCUCAGCGCUUCAUCGAAGCUUGCCGCAAGGGUCGCUCGACCAUCAAGGGGUUCGAUGGAUACCCUCGUCCCCACAACAUGCAGCCAGGCGACGCCAAGUCUCACGAGCUGAUGCUCAACUACCGCAUGCAAAAGACCAAGGAGGGCAACCGUGCACGCUCCGCGAAGCAGUCGCUCGCGAAGCGUGUCCAGCGUGAGACCCAGAUCAACGUCAACUUCGGAGAUUUGGAGAUGCUCGUCAGGGCCAAGGUCAGCAUGCGCAAGCCGCGACCUGCACCCAAGAAGCGCAACAAACGUCGCCAGGUUUCCAUCUCCUCCUCUGGCGAUAACGACGCCGACUACGUUUCGGAGCCCGACUCUCCAGAUGGGAUGCGGAAGAAGCGCCGGACUGAUGACGGCCCCAGCGGCGGUGUGGCGGAAGCAGUGGUCCCCCCGGGCUACGCGCCGGCCAAUCAACUCGCGCCGCAACAGCAACAAUCCAGCUAUAACGGCGCCGAUGUGUCAACUUUCGGUUACGGCCGUCCGGAGUACGCGUGGCCCCAAUCUACGCUUAACCAAAACUACCCGGCCAACUUCAACCCGACGCCCGUCUUUGUUGCUGCACCGUCCGCGGACGCCGCUGGCGGCGAUCCUGCUAAUACUUUCACAACUACUACAGACGAUGCCGCAACAUUUUUCUACGACCCUGAAAUUUCCGCAUCUAACUCCAAUGCAGUGGACCCUGCCCUCGAGGACAUGUUCAAUGGCUUCCCGGUCGUCGUCGCUGCUGACUCCACUGACCAGACCACGGAUGCGCUGCCCGACUAUCCGCCAAUCAGCGACUUGGCCGAUGCUACUACCACCUUCGAGCAGCCCCCGAUCUUCUUCGAGCAGCAGCAGCAACCGGUGGAGGAGGAGGAGGAGGAGGAGGAGGAGGAGGGCAUUGAUGGCCUCAGCCACCAGUCCGUCACCAUCCCGACUUCCUUCCCGCUCAACCCAGACUUCUCCCUCUCCAAGCCGACCAAGCGCUCCGCAUCUGUCGCCUUCGUCGAAGACGACGCCUCGUCGCCGUCCAAACGCCCCCGCCGCUCUCAGUCCUCUCACAUCAGCCCGAAGACCAUUCCUUCCAAGAAGCGUGGUGGCUCUUCGGCAGUGUCCGUCAAUGCUAUCACGCGCAUCACCAGGUCGAAGUCCUCUGCCUCCAUGUCGCCUGCACCGGUGCAGACGCCCAAGACGCCGCCGUCGGUGCGGAGGAAGAGUUCGCGCCUGAACAGCCUGAAGGGUGUGGACAACGGCGGUGUGGUGAAGCGUCGGCGGACGCGGAGCAGCUCGAAGCUCAGCGGUGGCGGUCGCAGCACUCGCAGCGACAGUAGGCUUUCGUCUGUUGGCAGUCUGGGGUCCAUUGGUGACCUGUUCGGGUUUGAUGAGUAA